CAGCUGCGUCUUGAAGGAAACGCCGCCCCCGCACCGAACAAGUGUGCUCCGCCAGCCGACGCUGCCUUUUCUCUUUCACAGAACGACGACGAAUCUGCCGACGUUGCCGCGGCGCCCGCGGAAUCAAAGCCAAGAAGGAAUCGCACCGCGUCGCAUCGUUUGUGCCUUGACCUUUCAGACCAUCGAAGCGUCGCUACACUGCUGCCUUUUUCUCUACGUGCUUGGACCACGUGACAAGCUUUUCUUCUUCGCUUCAGAGUGAGGUAGAGAAGAUGACUCCCAGGACGGGCUUCUUCAAGUGCUCUCUCCAGAGAGGCACUCGCUACUCAGCUGUCAUAACACUGUUCUCGACGAGCCUGCUGUUCGUCACCUACAUGAUCUCGCUGUACCGGCAGCAAGGCUUCCUCGAAUCUAUCAACAGGUCCCUGGGAUUCGACGUGACACCCGCUUCGCCAGUCGUGGAGUUCAUGGCCAUGUUGGGCUUCGGCCUGAUCCUGCUCUUCGAGAUGAUGUCCUCCUGGCUAGCCAUCAAGGCAACCACACUGGAAAGUCGCUGGCUCCUGCUACCCUUCAUAGGACUCACGACUUGCGGCAUCGUGUCGCCAGCACUCAUGUCGGCAGUUAUCGUGCUCUCCUGCCGCCGCUAUCAGACCGUGCCGUUACCCCUCAACACCCUAAUACCGGUUCUGUUCAUCGUCUUGACUAGGACAUACUUCCUGUUGGUGAGCGUGUCCUACUACCGAGAGCUCCAGGAGCACGAGUCGCGCCAAGAGGAGACCCUGCCUUCAGUGGCGUCCCAGGUACCGCAGCUGCACAUCGACGACCUGCCUCCGCACAAGCGGCUGCCGCCCUUCCUGCUCGAUUACCUGCAGAAGCCGCCUCCAUACGAAGGAUACGACGACGAGGCACGCGUACAGGAAGACCCCAAGAGUGGGAUUGGCAUGCGCCUGUACAUGUGAACAUGCAUGGUUGAAGUGCUUGUAGCGGCAUGUCGUCCUUGCCACAAGGAAGAGGAGACAGACGAUGACCUUGUACGCAAAAUUUUGUACAUAGCUCCAAGGUACAGCGCUUGAUCUCAUCGUAUGGCACGCCCAGAACUGUCUUCGAGCAAACCUGCGUCAGACCAGACUUCGCAACAGGAUGGAGAAAAUGUCAAAAACAAGGAAGCCCCGUAACUGAGUGCGAUAUUAUAUACCGUGUGUUCCAGUUAACGUUAGCCAAGCUGCUCAACGAAAAAAAAAAUUAAAUAACGGUGCGAGGCACGAGUUUAAGACCUAGGAUGUUCAGUCGUCAGAGGUCUGACGACCGAAUACCGUGGAUCUCAAAAUCUUGCACCGUUUACAGCAAAAGCUUUACUAACCGCAUCGAGCCGAGUUUCGCCGUCGCCAGCAAUUUGACCUUCAUUUGACCGCAGCUGAACCUUGGUAACGCAUCACGUGACUCGCCGCGCCGAGCUCCGCCGCCGCUGCCGGCUUGGCGCAUGCGCUCUCCGCAGCUGGGUCGCCGCCUGACCACGUGACUCGCCGCGCGCCUGACUAAGAGGAGCGCCGCGCUCGCCUAGUCUGCGCGAGCUCGGCCAUAUGGAUGAGAGCGAAGCCGGGCCGUCUCCUCUGAGCAUUCCGUGGGGGCGGGAGGCUUUGAGCCGUCAUCGCUAAGCAGCGCCUGACGACGCCGCGGAUAUCGCCCGGCGAGCUGCUUCACUGGAGAGGGUCCGGAAUGCAGCAGGUGUCGCACCGUCGAGAUAAAUGUAGAGACCGCGUUCGCAUCCUGUCCGUUUGUGCAUCGACUACACCGUGGCUUCGACGCAUGCCCGUGUUCGCGGCGUCUCUUUGCAUGUCUAGCAUUUGCGCUUUCCCUGUGGCACAACAGCCGUCGCACCGUCGAACGAUGCGUGUCAACCCAAGCCUAAUCCCAGUCAUGUCUAGCCACCGACCUAGGCACAGCCGUCAUACCUGACUUAACGAUGAUUGUAUACCUAAGUAUAUUAAUUACACCCAGAUCAAUGGUUAACCAAAUGAAACCAAGACUUAACCAAGCUAAACCAAGCUUUCGCUUUGCAUAUCCAGGGUUAGCUGAGCUAAGCCGCAGCCUAUUUUUUUACAUAUCUUUUAAACAGCUUGGUUAACGAUAGCUGGGACAUCUUAUAUAUUAUGUGCAUAUGUUGGAUCAUAAGUACAUUUCGUUCGGUAAAGCUGGUUCCCGAUGGAAAAUAGCAGCAAAAGAGCGCACCUGGGAGAAGUUCGUCAUUUGAAAAACCCUCCUGCAGUACUCUGCUUGACAUCGCCAAAUUAUAGUAAUUCCUGUCACUUCAGCUACUACGUACAAGUACAGUCACUACGAGACAGUACAGAACGCGGAACAGAACGCUAUAUUUACUUGUAUACGUGUUUUUCCGCACAUGAAUUUGAUUCAAGUUUGCUCGAAGAGCUUUGGGUUCGCACAGACGCAUCUGGCUGUGUUUAUCGCCUUUCUCAAUUGGGCACUGACGGCAGCACAAUUCGUCACGUACGCGUUUUGUCUUCUUGUAUGUCUUGCUAUAUAUAGGGUAACCACACGCAUCGUAUUUCCAACUCUUCUUGAACGUGGCGUCGCCACGCGUCGACGAGUCUGUUUUUCGCUGUACGCCUACUUCACUGUCAUCAUGCACAACCGAAACGUGUUUACUGCGAAUAUUGUUUUAAAGUGAACCCCUGUGGUAUGCAUUCCGGUCAUGGUGGUAGCAUGUACUGUAUAGUACUCCCGCGCGACCCACAUACGCUGACGUCGGAAAUACGUUGCGUGCCGUCGCCGUUUUAGUUUUGUUUUUCUCCUUCAACUCAUCCAUCAGUAGGGGCCAUCACUGGGUUAGAUCAACGAAUCAGAAAUUAGGAAAUCGACUACCGUCUUUGUCCUCCGUGCAAAGGCUUGCCCUUGUUGUAUAUAUAGCUGCCUGCGAUACACGACAGGCGAUUCUCCUGUGCUUUCUUUACGCGCCCCCUUUCUCUUUAGGAAAGUCUGCUAUUGAUCAAGAAGCAUCGUGGCAAGGCGUCGUCUAUGAGCUUUAGCUGUUCGCCUACAUAUACCCUUUUUUUUUUUUUUAUUUGUGCUUCUCCUUGUAUCUGGAGGGGGAGGGCAGGGGAGUGGAGUAGUGAUUACUGGAUGAAAUCAGCGUUAACUAGUACUUCACUUUAUAGUAAAACCUCAACUGCGGUAUACAAGUCGGGGAGAGUGGGGAAAUGGAGAAGAGGACAGGUAGAGUUCCGAACAUGGCCAGCUCGAUGGCAGGGUGAAAGUACUGACGGGAGAAGUCCCGUCAGUACUUUCGUCCAGCGGCGUCUUUCAGUGUGGGUCUACUCGCACGUACGCUCCGCGCGGACCUCUUCAAUCCGCUGUCCGCACGGAUCGGCUGAAGAGGUCUGCCUCCUCCGUGAAGUCAAGGGCGGCCUGGAAUGCGCUUGCGGAGUUUUAUUUCUCCACCCAUCUCGCUCCGUUCUCUAUUUUACCGCGGCCGCUGGUCACGCGUUCGUCGCGUGGUGGCCGCAUGUCGCUUUGCACACGCGUUGCGCCAACAUGAAAGGAAAAGACACCGAAUUUGUGAUCAAAGCCGUUGACUUUCCUUGUGUAUGCUCGCAAUGAGAAAAAUGUUGCGUGAGCGGGAUUCUUCAACAGGCGAACAACAUGAGAAAUAGCAGUGAGUGAGGUGUUGACUUGCACGGUUUCAAGAAUCGCUAUUUCAAGGCAGAUGAAGUGUUCGCUUUUAUAUUGGCUAAGCGUACGUACCUUAAUUCGCUUGUGUUUGCCCAGUGCACUCAUACACACCUGUGUCGCGGUUACAGAGCCAGCCGAUUGGGUGUCAAUGCCGCCAUCGUCAGCGCUCAGACAUACCAGCAAAGCGCCUCAUUCAUUUUGUUCUUGCCGUGGGAAGUCCUAUAUAUACAAUUGAACUGAGCAGUCGAGAGCGGCAAACUCUUGUCACAAAAUUAUAUUAUGGCAUUCUCGAUGGCCUCCUUUUGACUCUUUCCAUAGAUCGCACUCCCUCACAUUUUCAUUUAUUGAUGCCAGUUGGCAUGGCAAUUCCCUUCGAUCAUUAUGAGCGGCGAAGCGGCGUGAGCGCAAAGACCAACGCUUGGGAUACCUAUACAACUCUUGUUAUCGUGCUUGUGUUGUUUCGCCGCGACUAAUGUCCAACGAAAUAGACCUGACGAAGCGUCUCACUAAUCUUCUGCGCACGUGCAACUAUGUAGAACUGAUACCGCGUGAAAAAGUGGGAAGUGGAUUUGAACAUUUUUUUUUAGUGCUCCAAGAUGCCCUCCUCGAGAAAAUAGGAAACGAAAAAGAAACGAAGGGAAGAAGAGCACAAUUUCGCACCUAUUUACUUAACAUGACAACUCUUCCAUUCUGUCUUCAUCACAAAACUCUUGGCCAAAGCAACACCCUCUUUCACACAUGCACUGUGAACGUCUAAAAAGGAGUCGAAUAAAGGGCCCGAGAAACGUG